GAAAGCAAUUUUAUUGCCGACGAGUUUAUGAGCCAGAGCGGCGGUUAGGCGGGGAGUCUGCGGCACACAGCAUCUGGGGGCCGCCCAGGAAGGGUCCAGCCAGAGUGACCCCGGGUCGCUUCGGGCAGCGCGGAGCAGCCAGGUGGCCGGACCCCGAGGGGUCUUCCACCGGCUUCUCUGAGCACCUCCUUAGCCUGUACAAAUAUCGCUGCUGCGGAUCCACCACGGCCCGGGGUUGGGGAGCGGGGGCGCAGGAGGAGGGACACGCGGGGCUCAGGCCCAGCGUGGGGGGCGGGUCCGAGGCGGGGGCCCAGAUCGGGAGCCGCCCGCUGGGGCUCAGGCAGCUUUGGAGCCAAGAGGAGCGGGCGGCAGAACCGUCACAGCCUGGCCAGCCAUGAGCUCGGAACCUGAGCCCCAGGCAGCCCGGACACCCUUCAGCAUCGCAGACAUCCUAGGCCCGCGCUGGGUCCCCCGAGGACAGUCGGCGUCGCCGCUUCCAGAGUUGAGCGCAGCUCCUAUGUCGCCGCUGUGCGCGCUGGAGAAGCUGACUAGUAAAGCUUUCCGUGGACUGGACGGGCGCGCCCUGCAGCCCUCUGAAGGCCGAGCGGCCCCGGGUGCUCUGGGCCCCGGCCCGGCUGGCCGCAGACGGCGAAAGUCACGCACGGCCUUCACGGCGCAGCAGGUGCUGGAGCUGGAGCGGCGCUUCCUAUUCCAGAAGUACCUGGCGCCGUCCGAGCGCGAGGGGCUGGCGGCCAGCCUCGGCCUGGCCAACGCGCAGGUGGUCACGUGGUUCCAGAACCGGCGUGCCAAGCUCAAGCGCGACGUGGAGGAGAUGCGCGCCGAUGUGGCCUCGCUGCGCGCGCUGUCCCCCAAAGUGCAGGGCCCGCUGGCGCUGCAGGAGGGCGCCCCCUGCCUCGGCCUUGGUCCGGGCCCCGCGCGGCCUGACUCCGGGCCCCACCUGUCAGACGAGGAUAUACAGGUGGACGAUUGAAGGCGAAGCCGCAGCCUCAGCUCUGGAGCCCUGGGCUUUUUUACCUCCUCGCCUCUGCGUUCCGCGCCCUGUCCGGGUUAUGGGUGGAGGGCGAUGUCGAUCCUGGCCAAUUCCAGCUCAC